CGCUUGCGACUUGGCGAGGCGCCCAAAUGACGUGCAGGAGCGGCGGCCGAAGGCGUCGGGAGCUGGGGACGGCUCGGCAGGACGGGCGCACUGGCCGACGCUCGGCGACGUCCACGCGGUUGGGAGCUGUCGUACUGGCUGUUCGAGCAUGGAAAUCGAGGAGGGAGACUAGCAUGGACAGGAGUCAAAGAUCGGCAGCAGAAAAACGAGCAUGCAACGUGGCGACACGGCCGCCUCCCCGUCAAAUUACACCCAACCCAUACUCAGAUGCUACCUGCCGCAGAGCUGCGUUGUGCUGACUCUGCGUUCCUUGUUCGCCGUGGUAAUUUCGCGCCCACGCAAAACUGCUGAGACCAUGAGCCUUCAGUUGAAAGCACUUCAAGUUCACCUGCCACUAGAGAACAAUGUCAAGACCUCUCACGACUAUUCGAAAAAAAAAAAGACCUCUCACGACUGACUGGGUCUCCACCAAAUCAGAGCUCCCGGUCCACACACGUCAUACCAUACCGCUGGUGGUGACUGCCAAUCCCCAGUCAUCAUGGAGCACUUGGUUUGCGAUCCGACAGCCAGCAUCAACUGCCUCCUUAUCCGAAUCGGUCCUUACUUGGUAAGUCACGGUAACUUCAAUCAUCUGAGCCGUUCGAUGACAUAUGAAUGGACAAAGUUUUGAAGCUACAGUACACCUCUGGCUUCACCCUUUCCCGCUUCAGGGAGCGCACUCGAAUCUGAAAGCGUUGCCCACAAAGUAUCUUGACUAUCACCAAGACACCAACCACAGCUUGACAAAGGUGACCAUGAUAGUGCAUGGAAAUAUCGCACAAGACCUCUCCAUGUCUCACAAGUCACGAAGACUUCACUGAACUUUUGAACCCUUCAACUCCUUCCACAUUUGUCCUCUCCACACUUCUGUUAUAUAUAGCUAUCGCAGCGUGACUCCAAAAACGUCAAUCUCAUCACAAUUCACACAGAGAACCUGCAAAGCACGAACAGAGUGCUCGAGAGCCAUGUCGAAGCCAUCACCACCGUUGCUCCUCCUCCUCCUCCUGUCUGCAACGCUUGUUGCCACCUGCCGCGCCGACCCCGAGCCGGUCCAGGACUUCUGCGUGGCCGCGCCGCGUGGCGACGGCGAGUCGGCCGCCGCGUUCCCGGGCCUCCCGUGCAAGCCGGCGUCCAUGGUGGUCUCCGACGACUUCUUCUUCGCGGGGCACGCGCGUGCCGCCAGCACGGACAACCCGAUGGGCUCCGGCGUGACGCCUGGGAACGUGGAGGCCUUCCCGGGGCUGAACACGCUCGGCGUGUCCAUCAACCGCGUGGACCUCGCCCCGGGCGGCAUCAACCCACUGCACAGCCACCCGCGCGCCGCCGAGCUCGUCAACGUCGUGGCCGGGGAGAUGCUCGUCGGGUUCGUCAGCACGGCCGGGAAAUUCUACUCGAAGGUGGUGCGGGAGGGGGAGAGCUUCGUGAUCCCCCGCGGGCUGGUGCACUUCCAGUACAACGUCGGCACCGGCCCCGCUCGGGCCAUGACGGUGUUCAACAGCCAGCUGCCUGGCGUCGUGAUCGCCGCGCCGGCGCUGUUCGGGGCUGAGCCGGAGAUACCCGACGCCGUCCUGGCCAAGAGCUUCCAGGUGGACGGCGAGGUCAUCAAGCUCCUCAAGUCCAAGUUCCGGAAAUGAUAGUGGCCAUGGUGGUCACUUACAUGGUUGAACUUAGCUGUUCACCAGAUUGUUGAAAACUUGUUUGAGUACAUAGCGUUGUUUAUCAUUUGAUAUAUUUUGAUUUCAUAUAAUUCCAAUAAAGCUCUUGAUCGUAGUGA